AUGGCACUCAGACUCAACUGCUUAGUUCACGGCGACGAUCGCAGCGGGAUAUUCACUGUCCGUGUUUUCGAGGGCUUCAACGUUGCCAAGCUCAAGGGUGCAAUUCUGUCGCACCCUAGGUUCUCGCACCUCGAUGACCUCGACCUUCGGCAUGUCUCAGGCCCAUUUCUGAUCAAUGAUGUUGGGCAAAAAGAUCUUAACAUCGACAACUAUGUGAAACUGUCAAACGACUCGGAGAAGAAUUCAUCGAUCUUUGAAGAUAUUUCGAACGAUUGUCUGCACAUUCUCAUUGGGAGAGUAUCAACGGGAUUGAACGAAAGCUCAAUCAAAGAUCCCAAUGAAUCCGAGGACGCAGGCGUGUCUAACACCAAUUGGAUGUCAAUGGCUUGGGAAACCAGAUACUACGGGGAACAUCACAUAAAUCUCCUCACAAACAUACGUAAAUCCAUUGGCGACAAUCCAGAUGAAAAUACGUCAGCGAUUAUCCAAUCUUCCGGCUUUGGCAAAUCGCGCACUGUGGAUGAAAUGGCAAAACUCGUGGCGACCAUCCCCAUGAAUAUACGAGAUACCAGAGACAACGAGCAAGGUGCGUAUCCGCAUCCCGAUGAAGACCUUACAAAACUUUUCAAGUUGAUCGCUUCAAAGGCUAGAAAUCUGGAUAGCGCCGUAGGGGCCUUCCAUAAGUUCUUUGCAAUUCUAUUCCGCGAGUUUUCCAACAAGGUCGAUGCGUUGCUUCGAAGCGGCAGCAAUCAGUCUUUGCCUGUCCUGUUGAGGGAUGACUUGGCGAAAGCCAAUUCCAGGUCACUUCUCUACAAGACUGUGUGUGAGCAGUACAGUUCAGGAGCCUUUCCUGCCCCACAAUUACACAAUUCGCUCACGGAACUUGGCAAUCUGAUCACGAAAUUGAAACCAACGAUGGAUAACAAGGAAGACCCUGCUUGGUUGAUCCUUUAUGUCGACGAAGCCCAUACGCUAACCGAGCUCAAAAUCGCUAAGGAUACGGAUACAAAGCCAGUUUCGGAUACGGGUACAAAGCCAGUUUCAACACUUUAUGAUGCAAUGGUUAAAGCCGCUACUACAUAUUGCGGUUGCAAAUUCUUCAUCCUCUUCUUGUCAACAUCCUCUCGGCUCCGUCGCUUGGCAGGUCUUAAAGAUGUUGCCAGGUCCGCGCGACAAUCUAUGGCUGAACUCGUAGCCCCGUUUACAGAAAUGCCUUUCGAUUGUCACUCUGAGCUACAAAAUCGCAAAUUCAGACCAACCCUGCUACUCAAAGAUAUUCAGAAGCACGAUUUUUUAACCUAUUUCGGCCGUCCAUUAUGGGCAUCGGCGUUUGUUGGUUCCGCAAACAAGGAUAAGCAAAUCAGGGCGUUGGCUAUAACGAAGCUUAUGGGCGUGUCGGGGAUAGAUAUUUUUACAAACCUCACGCCAAGGCUUGCCGUCCUCGACACCCUUCUCAAUCUCGAGUAUUCUCCAACGAAACAUCAGACCCUCCAGCUCGCCGAUGAUAUGGUCGCGGGUAAUAUGCGAACAGCGUUCUCUGUGCCCACCGACCGUUUGUCCAUGUACAGUGGGUAUCCAUCAGAACCCGUACUUGCGGAAGCGGCAUUGAAUAUUAUUCAUCGUAAUACAAACAAUGCCUGUCAAGAUCCUAUGACCAAAUUGUAUAACGAACUAUCGGAUGAUGUCAAGGAGGCGCUCGACGUGGGACAGCGAGGGGAGAAUGUGGCCAAAAUCAUUCUUCUGCGUGCGUACAUGGCCGCAGUCCGGGCGGAAUCCGCCAACGAACAACACGAAAGCUAUCCAUGGGCCAAUGGGUGCAGUCUGAUCGCCUUCCUGAAGCAAUUGACUGCCAUGAAAUAUCACACCGAAGUGCUGGGAUCAAUGCCGGACACUGAAGUUGGCGGACAACGCUUAGACAAAGCGUUCGAGAACGCAUGGGUGCGAUUCACGCAUUUUGCAAGGGGCACAGAUGAUGCGGCGAUGACAACUUCGAUGGCUUGGGUUGCGUUCGUCAGAGGCAUGGCAGUGAUUGGUUGGCCUGCGCAGGGCUCGGUCGACUUGCACAUCCCGGUGCUCUUGCACAAGGAUAAACCCAUUAUGGAGAGCAACAUGUCCGGUAUUCUCGUGCAAGUCAAGUUGCGCAGAGCAUGGUCUACGCAGUCAACCGUGGCCAUCGAUGCAGAUAAACUUCUCUACUUUCCCGGUCCUAAAAACCCUCGUGGAUCAGUGGAACCACUUGAUGAGGCGAGCAAGCGUCGGCCUUAUAUUUCCCUUGUCAUGGCCCUCGGCAGGCCUGUCAAAGUGAGACGCCCACCAUCGCUCGUGGUUCAAACUACUGAUAAGCCAGAGGCAAAGCCAACGAGUAAACCUAAUCUGUCUUGUACCGAAUCCAACGCUGCACCGUCCACUGGCAAGGAGAAACAUCCCGCACAUCCACGGUAUAGUCUAUUCUUCUAUGGGCGAUCACACAGGGUAUAUGGCUGCAUCCCAGAAGACCAAUCCACCCAAGACGCAUACAAUGCGCUUCUCAACAUUGGUGCCUCACCUAGCUCGAUGUUCGAUGCCCAUCCUAAAGGCCGGGAUCAAAAAUAUGUCUAUCAGAUGAAACCAUUUUGGACUAUUGGAAAGAGCUGCUUUUAUUGGGUGGAAGAUGAGUUCUUGAAUCAUUCCGAAGCACAGGACGAGAGCGAUGAGUUCUUGGAAGCGCUGUUUGUUGGAGAUAAUACUUCGAUGGAUGUUGACUCGAUACUGAUGCGAUGGAUGUUGGGGACGCCUAGUUUCAAGCGCCGCUUAAGAGUGUGGUGA